AGAGAGAGAGAGAGAGAGAGAGAGAGAGAGAGAGCGCGGGCGGGCGGGCGCACUUUUUCUUUUAUUGCUGAUGCUGCAGUGUCAAGAAAUGGUUCCCGCUCCCUCCUCUCCGUCCCUCCUCGUGCGUUCAGCCUCUCUCCCUUGCAUCCCCAUAACGCUCGCGCCGAGCACCACGCCACGCGGCCGGAGUGCAGCCGCGCGCCACGGUUAAAGGACACCACACAGCUUCUCGCCCAUUCGCGUCUUACUAUUUUUCGGGGUUGUUGUUUUUCCUCGGGCGUUGUUGUUGUUGUUGCCGGGCUUUUUUCUGGAUUUUUUUUUUCUUUAUUACCUGGACCUCCAUCAGCUCGCACGCGCCAUGGUCCCCCUUCCCAGUAUGAUGGUAAACUGCCUCUCGAGAGAUUCCCCCCAGCGAGGAUCACCAUCCGAGCGGCCGGACGCCCCCCGCCGGGGUCUCUUCGCCUCGCCGCUGAAAGCCUACACCCAGAGGAUCCCCUGGACCCGCACCAAGACGACAUAGGCCAUCAAUAUUUCAGAGGAAGACCGUUACUGUAACGGCCCCGUACAGUAAAGCGAUCUCCGUAUCAAACCCCCAGCCGGGAGGAGGAAAGUUGUGGAGGUUCUGGAGGAGGAGGUGGAGGAGUUGGAGGAGGCUGGCGACACCACCCCGGAACGCAAUCUCCCCAUCCCGUCCCCCGUCCCCGUCUCCCCUGCAACAUCUCGUCCCCCCGUCCCCCCCGUUCAGGUGAUAGACGGAGCAGGGGGCAUUUCUGACGGGGAAAACAAUGGUGAACUUGAAUGGCAUUGCGAAGGAGCCGUACUGAGCCGUACUGACUGUUGAGCUGUUGCAGUGUCGGCGGCACCGCGGACGAGGGGAGACCGCGGAGGCGUGCCACUGCCACGGCAACUGGAUGCCUGUUCCACCGGGCUGAUCCAGCUGCUCUAUCUCCCGGAUCGUGCUCAGCUCAGCUCGAACCGCAACGAUGACGGUGGUGGCGGGAGAUAAUAUGGACGAGACGUCCACACUGCCGGGGCAUCCGCAGGAUACGUACCCCCCCGACCACGACGACCACGACUGCUGCGAGCGGGUGGUCAUCAACAUAUCCGGGCUGCGUUUUGAGACCCAGCUCAAAACCCUCGCGCAGUUCCCAGAGACUCUCCUUGGCAACCCGAAAAAGAGGAUGCGCUAUUUCGAUCCUCUGAGGAACGAGUAUUUUUUUGAUCGGAAUCGCCCUAGUUUUGACGCAAUACUGUACUAUUACCAGUCUGGGGGCAGAUUGAGACGGCCGGUCAACGUGCCCUUGGACAUGUUCUCGGAGGAGAUAAAGUUUUACGAACUCGGGGCAGAGGCCAUGGAGAAAUUUCGGGAGGACGAGGGCUUCAUCCGGGAGGAGGAACGGCCCCUGCCGGAGAAAGAGUUCCAACGCCAAAUCUGGCUCCUGUUUGAGCACCCAGAGAGUUCGGGGCCCGCGCGGGGCAUCGCCAUCGUGUCCGUCAUGGUCAUCCUCAUCUCCAUCGUCAUCUUCUGCCUGGAGACGCUCCCCGAGCUGAAGGAAGACCCGGGCGACCGGAUCCGGAUCGUGGGGAACACCACGGUGUACUACAAGCCCAACAUCCUCACGGACCCCUUCUUCGUGGUGGAGACCCUCUGCAUCAUCUGGUUCUCCUUCGAGUUGAUUGUGCGGUUCUUUGCCUGCCCGAGCAAGGCGGCGUUCUUCAAGAACAUGAUGAACUCCAUCGACAUCGUGGCCAUCAUCCCGUACUUCAUCACGCUGGGCACGGAGCUGGCGGACGACCCCGACAGCAACGAGGGGAAGGGCGGCGGUGAGCAGGCCACCUCGCUGGCCAUCCUCAGGGUCAUCCGCCUGGUCAGGGUCUUCCGGAUCUUCAAGCUGUCCCGCCACUCCAAGGGCCUGCAGAUCCUGGGCCAGACGCUGAAGGCCAGCAUGCGCGAGCUGGGCCUGCUCAUCUUCUUCCUGUUCAUCGGCGUCAUCCUCUUCUCGAGCGCCGUGUACUUCGCCGAGGCGGAGGAGAAGGAGUCCUUCUUCACCAGCAUCCCCGACGCCUUCUGGUGGGCCGUGGUGUCCAUGACGACGGUGGGCUACGGCGACAUGUACCCCGUGACCAUCGGCGGCAAGAUCGUGGGCUCGCUGUGCGCCAUCGCCGGGGUCCUCACCAUCGCGCUGCCCGUGCCGGUCAUCGUGUCCAACUUCAACUACUUCUACCACCGCGAGACUGAGGGCGAGGAGCAGGCGCAGCUGCUGAACGUCAGCAACCAGAACCUGGCUUCGGAGGACGGCUCCAGCCGCCGCAGCUCUUCCAUCGCCAGCAAGUCGGAGUACAUGGAGAUCAACGAGGACAUCAACAACAGCAUCGAUAACUUUAGGGAGGCCAACCUCAGGACUGCCAACUGUACCGCGCCCAGCCAGAACUGUGUCAACAAGGGCAAGCUACUGACGGAUGUAUAGUGUGACAGAGUUUGGUAGGAGGGUGGAGUGUCAGGGUGGAGGACGUCGCCCUCGCGAAAAACCGGUGUAAAUAGUGUACAAAAGUUGAAAAAGGCGGGGAAAUCUUAAUGCUUGAACGACCGAAUUGGUGCAUUUAUUUUUUUUGCAUCUUCUUUGCUGCUUUGCGAAAACUGUGACAAAGCGAGUUUGAAUCGCGCGACGAGUGACGACGUGGGUCGAAGGGGGUCGGUCCUUUCUCUUUACCGCAUGGUUAUUUCAUUCAUUGCAACAUGGAAUUAUCACAGAGGAAAACUAAUUUGUUUGGAACGGAUGCGACUUUUGGAGGAAACACUUAUUUCUUUUAAUAAGGGCAACAGCAUCUAACGGCCAUUUUGAGAUUGAGAAACUUAAGGAUAUACGGUUUGCUCCGCACCGGCGCGACAAUAACUCUUUGCAUGGAAUAGAGUCAAACUCUUUCACGCGUUGUACACACAAUACCGACAAAAAAGACGCCGGUGACGGCGUCGAGGGGGAUGGGAAGAACUCAGCACCAAUGAGCUGCGGCGAAACGUCGAUCAAAGAAGAAAAUACUAGAAAGUAAAUUCGAGGCACCUUACGAGGGUUCACAGAGUGCGCUGUCGGCCUUUUCUGUUCUGCUUCCUCGGUGUGUGGCUCAGACCAAGUCCUCUUGUGGAGGACGGUUUGUUGUGCUGCUUCAGUGCUAAGCUAACGGUCUAAGCUAACUGUAUGUGUUCGUGUAGGAUACCAUGCAACACACCUUUAUAUCCGGCUCAGAAAACGCAUGUUGAUUCUCUCUCUCUCUCUCUCUCUCUCUCUCUCUCUCUCUCUCUCUCUCUCUCUCUCUCUCUCUCUCUCUCUUCUGUUUUAUAUCAGCAUGCCUGAGACAUUACCUCAUGUUAGUUUUGUCUUCUCCCUCCUUUUUUGUCUUUGUUUUCAUCCCUUUGAACCCCCCCUCCCCCUACCCCUCCUGAUAUUUCUUUACGUUUCCCCCCCCCACCCUCUCAUUUGUUUUUCACCAAAAGUGCAAUGGUUAUUUAUGAUUUAUUUAUUUCAGUGGUGGAUUAUUUACGAGCAUUUAUGUGCUGAAUGUUUUAUCAUAAAAGGGAACAGGAACACUUUUUUUAAACGAUCAUGGCAUGUGAACUAACAAAAUAAGAAGAUCUACAGCAUUAUGGCCUGAUGAGCCACGGUACCAUGUACUAGUAUACUUACUGCAUGACGUCGGUGUUAAACUUGCUUGAGGUUUUUACAAAGCGGGGGGACCUUGAGGUGCGUGGCGUACUCUAACCUCGUUAUCAGAGUAAUACUGAGGACAUGGGAUGCAGAGAGGGAACUGCUGUGCAAAAUACCGAAAGGGACAAAAAUCUGCCACGGCAAAGCCAGGAGGAGACACAUCUGGCGACUCCUUACAAAAACGGACAUUUCAAAUUCUAAAAAAGCAACAUCCUCCAUUUUGUCCUGAGUAAGGAUGGGGCUGAUUGGAUGGAUUUGCGUGGACCAUUUUAUGAGGGCUAGGGAUAUCUUUACAUUUUUUGUGAAAUGUUACUUCUCAUUCUUACGUUUGGGGUCUCACGGUGUCGGUUAGGGUUUUGUCGAGGUAAUACAGGGACGGGAGGGAGGGAGGGGAGGGGGGGGGAAUGACCUACAGUAUCAAAACAUUUUCAUAGGGUUUCUAAAAUUAGUUUCUAGUGCCUUGAUCCCUGACUCAUCGAGCUGAGGAAAGUGCCUCCCUGGUCCACACAGACGAGUCUGAGAGCUUAGCGUCUGCCCUUCCUUCCACUGCUGUAAGAUAGCACAGCAUACCUGCGUGUUCAGCCAGGGGCCACAGACUACCACACACAGUGAUAGUGACACGACAGAGAAACCCCCCUGCAGACAGAGUUAAUUAUAUCCGAAAGAACCAACACACACACACAUAGCCACACUGCCCAACAAUGUUUUGUAAGUUACAGCACUGAUUCUAAUUUGCUCGAGGAUUUCGUAGAAAACGUGGUUUCCAGUUGUUGCUGAUCAUGGUUCAGUUCAGUACACAGGCCUCUCUUUGCUAGCUUAACCUGACCACAACAAUUGACAUUUGAGAUUUGAUAAAAGGGUACGACGCAAGAUCUGAGUUUGGGUCAUAAAGUCUCCACCGCUUCAGUUUGUUCAUUACCAUAAGCCUUUCUGCCGGUGUGUCUACCUCAGCGUGGUAUGGCCCUGGGUGUUUGUGUCCAGCGAUCUCUCCUCUGUUGACAUGCCCUCUUGUCCAACAUGUACACGCUAUUCUUUGUAGAAAAAGAAAGCGGAAAACUGUAGUUUUAUGGGAACUGAGGGUUUUAAACUAUAGGCCCAUGACUAUAUCUUUCUGCUUCAAGAUUAACCUUUGCCGUUAUCCCCAACAUUCGCAGGAUCAAUACAGUCAUAAUUUCCCAGCAUCGGAGACGAGAGCCAUAUAUUGCGAUCUUAAAAAUGUUACAACGGUUGAAUGGUUUGAUUUACCCCCCUUACUGACAUGAGAGCGAUGCAACACUGACAUGCGAGACGAAUGGCCGACGACGUAGCACACCGUAAACUAUCGGAACUGGUAGCUUCAGUAUGUGUGUGACGAAAGGGGUAGGUCUUUUUAAAUUUGUAUUCAACAGAACAGAGCGCACUCAUGGGACGGGUCUCAGGCUAAUUAACAGUCGACCAAGUUUAUUCAACAUCAGCUUUUCCCAGCUGGAUGAUCAAUAGCUGUUAAAGAAUAGCCAUCACUGCCGCAUUUAGAGAUGCAUAUUCCAUAGUCAUUUCAGUCUUUCUAAUUCAGCUUUUGCAUUUUUACUGAGGUUAACGCUGUCGAUGAUCGGCAGUCUGAUCACACGCUUUUGGGGACACACUGUUGUGUCCGAUUCUCACUGUGCUUGUGGAAACCAGCAAAAAGAGUGAGCGCACACCGUUAAUAGUGCGGUUGCACACGGGUCGUACACACCAACGCGUCACCUGGAAACAGAGACCAUGCCGAAAAGAAACAGCUAAUCAACACUGCCACUGAAUGAUCAGCCAACGAGGUUCUCUGCUUUAGUUUCUAGUGUGGGUCAGCCUUUCGCUCUGUAGCAUCGCUGCAUGUCAGGAACGAGGGGUAAAACUGCCCAUGUCUUAAAGGUCUUAACGGUAAUCGGCAAUAGUUCAACCUCCUUAAGGAAUCUCCUAUCGAUCUCUGGACGUUAGGAUGGUUUUAAAACACAAAUCCGAUGGCAAAUGCUCAAUCAACCACUGUCAAGGCAAGCGAUGUUCCAACGCUCUUUCAUAUGCACACCAUCGAGAGAUCCAGCAUUCAUCUCAACAUCGUGAUAGCCAUAGGCACGCACGCUAGUCUGGCUCUGCAUGCAAAGCAAAAUGGCGCUGCUGCCAUUGCUGCUGUUUUUUUUUCGUGUUUUUUUUCUUUGGGCACCGGGAUGAUGAGAGGCAAUGUUGUUGCUUUAGCAUUCCAUUUAUUUGCACAGGCCUGCUUGACGAUACAUGAAGAUGGAUGGAUGGGUGGGUGGAUGCUAUAGACGUAACUAGACUUUUUUGCUACUUAUUGGUAUAAGUACGAUGAGAGAAAAUAUUUGGAAAAAAGAACGAUACAUAAAUUAAGCCGGAUGUUUUAGAGACUAUACUACUAAGUCACAGCAAAUUGUUUAUCAUGGGGUCAAGCUUCAAACUGUCUAAAAACAAAAAAGUAUUUAGUGGAAAACUGAGUUUCACCUUGUGGAACAGUACAGUGGUUUAUAUAUAGAGUUGUAUAUCCUAAAUCAAGUCACACUAAUGCAUUUGAUUGUUGCUCUAACUUCAUUGUUUUACUGGUACUAGAAAAAAUACAACAAAACAGAAUGUUGAAUUCAUUGAAUUGAUAAUCAUAACUCAUGCCAAAUGUGGGAACAAUUUCUUAUAUCUGUGUAGAAGGCAUCAAUCACAAACGUCUUUGAGAAAUGCUGUUUCAGACAUAUCAUAGUUUUGAAACAGGAUACACUGUUGUAAUUAUGUAUUUUUUUAUUUUAUAUUUAUAUGUUUUUAAAUAUGUGACGUUCACAGUUGACCAGGAUGUCGCACACUUACAAACACACUUUGAAACGUUUUUUUCUUCUUCAACGGUACACACUGCCAUCCAUUGGGAACAUACAGCAUAUAAAAGUUUUAAAAUAAAACUUUUUUUUAAAUGGGGCAAAAAUAUGGUGACUACAUCUUUCGUCGAGUCAUUUCCCCUGAUGAAAUUAAAUAACUGGGUUUUAACAUUUUUGUACUUUUAUGUUUUGUCUGUUGGCAAUACGGCACAAUAAUGGCCAAAGCCAGGUUUCUUAAAAAAUAUCAGAACUUUAAGGUAAGCUAACACCCUGAAUUCACUGCCACUUUCUGACGUUUCAACCGGUUUAUUUCUGAGGUCUUUCUGAAAAUCCUGAAGCUAAUUUUUUUUCUUUGAGUCGUCAUUGCCUGUAAGCAAGUGUACUGGUGUGUGAGUCAUUCCCAGAGCAGUUUGAGCACGAUUCAUAAGCUGUUGGAGAAACAGUACCUUUAAUACAAAUUUAUACUUCAUGGCAUUUGAAGAUAAAAACAGUCAUAUAUAUACAGUAUAUAUAUAUAUAUAUAUAUAUAAUGAAUGGUGCUGUGUGUCCAGCAUACAUACAACAUAGGCCCUUUCAAUUUAAGGAAAAAAAGAAAUGUAUUUUGUCCAUGUUUUUUGUUGCUAUCAACAUAGGCCUUUGAGAGAGCUAUUUGUUUUUAUGAAGAUCUCCAGGCGGACCACUACUGAAGGGACCAAUUACCUUUUUCAUACGAUCUGGUUAAUUCCAUGUGACUUUAGGUGAAUCUUAUGACAAUGGUCCAUAAUUAACUUGAAAAACAUCUCCCUGGUUUGUAAUGCUAAUCUAACUAAAUAUAUUUAUUAUAUUUCAUUCGGAAUGCUAAUGACGGAUCCUAUCAUCAAAUGUCGGGCAUGAAUACGUUGAAUACGUUUAAUUCACCAACACACGAUGAAAACAUGAUUUGUUUCAUGCCUUAAAUAAUUUACGUUUCUUCCACUUUCACUUUUCUGACUGACAGACCAACUAUGAUUUAUUUUCUUUUGUAGAGACUUUAAAGGUAGACUGAAGAUAAGCCAUUAUCAUACAUUGUCCUUUAAUGUAAAAAGCCAUGAUUGUGAAGCGAAAUGGUUUAAAGGGGUUUUAAUGUGAGCGACAAAAAACAUUUUUUUAACGUAAGAACUGCUUUAUCAGUAUAUCAGACACUAAACUCACACUGUGGUAAGCAUGUUCUGAGUCCUGUUGCAUCGGGUAACCCUGCUGACAAAACAUUGAAACUACAUCACAAAACCAUCCCAUUUUCUAGCAAUACGGUCGGUUUAUCUGUAAGCGAUAAUGAAGAGGAUCAUGGUGUCGCCCGCGAUGAUGACGAUGAUGAAUUGUUCUUGUUAUCAUGACUUCCUGUUCUCAUGGAGUUCUAUCUUUUGCCAGACCGUCUUCGUGAUACUAAACUCACACCAAGGCCCCCGCCUUGGCGGACGAUUGUGGGACCGGAUCGGGAUUUUUCAGUUGACAAUCCAAUUAUUUUCGUUUUCAUCAGGAAACCUAAAAACACAAGAACCCUGUGCUGGAAACCCGAUGCCCUACCACUGAACUAUCGGUCCUUCUGCAACCAGGAUGUCUCUAAAGUCCGUUCUCGAACACUGCCACCUGUUUUAUUUUGAACAAAAAUAAAAAACAAACAAUACUAUGAUAUGAUGCAUUCAUGAUUCUAAUGCUAACGUUCACACUUUGCAAUGUUUGUCAUGUUGUUCGCUGAGGCAUGGUUCUCGUCACCUGUGCGAGGGCGGCCAUCUGGCAUGAUGUCCGGGACGGUUUCAUCAUAUAGAUAAGCAUCUCAAUAAAUUUGUUCAAAGAGUGAA